UUGUUAUCUGGCUUAGCUUCCAAUAGCGUCAAUGUACGUAACAUAGCUUGAUGUUAGCGAGGUCCGCAUUGGCUGCCUCUCAAGGUGUGUGCACGCCUGCCAUUUAACCACUUGUUGAUUACAUGCUGGUGCCAAGUGAACGGGUUAGCUCCUGACCGGUCUUUCUUCCCUUGAUGUCCUCUGAUAUAAUGGCAAAUCAAUACCAUAAACUCGAAGCAAAAGCUGUCCAAGAACUGAAGGACAUCGCUAACAAAAUCCGGAUCCAUUCGGUCAGCUCCACGCAAACGGCAAAGUCAGGGCAUCCGACAUCAUGUUCGUCAAUCGCCGAAAUUUUAUCGGUCCUCUUUUUCAACACUAUGCGAUACAAAAUAUCAGCACCCAAAGACUCCUCGAGUGACCGCUUUGUCCUUUCUAAAGGUCAUGCCGCUCCAGCGUUGUACGCAGCUUGGGCUGAGGCGGGUCUUUUCCCCGUUGCUGAUUUACAAAAUUUGAGGAAAUUGGGAUCGGACCUCGAAGGUCAUCCAACUCCUCGCUUGAAUUUCAUCGAUGUAGGUACAGGAUCUCUGGGCCAAGGGCUGUCCAUUGCUUGCGGGAUGGCCUACGUUGGUAAAAAUUUCGACAAGGCCAGUUAUAGGGUGUAUUGCCUUGUUGGGGAUGGAGAAAGCGCUGAAGGUUCAAUUUGGGAAUCGCUUCAUUUUGCCACUUACUACAAACUUGAUAAUCUUUGCGUUAUUUUCGAUGUUAACCGUCUUGGGCAGUCGGAACCCACUUCUCUGGGUCAUGAUAUUGACACUUACAGGAAACGGUUGGAAGCGUUCGGUUUCAAUGUUGUGGCAGUUGAUGGACACGAUGUUGAAGAGCUGGUGAAAGCAUUUCACGUGGGGUGUAACACCAAGGGGAAACCUACUGCUAUCAUUGCGAAAACUUUCAAAGGGAAGAAUUUCCCCAAAAUUGAAGAUUUGGAAAACUGGCACGGGAAACCUUUGGGAGACCAAGCCGAUCGUGUCCUCCAACAUCUCAAAUCUCUUGUUAAAAAUUCAGGGCCUUUGCAAAUCCAUCCACAAAAGCCUCUCACUGAUGAUGCUCCCGUUGUUGACAUCAGCAAUAUUAAAUUAUCAUCGCCUCCAUCUUACAAAAUGGGCGAUAGUAUUGCAACUAGAGUAGCCUACGGUACUGCUUUGGUCAAGCUCGCACAAAGCAAUCCCCGAGUUAUUGCCCUUGAUGGCGAUAUGAAAAAUUCGACAUAUUCAGAAGCCCUUAAAAAGUUUGACCCCACAAGAUACAUCGAAUGUUUUAUAGCCGAGCAGAAUCUUGUUGGAGUUGCUAUUGGUGCUACUUGUCGUGACCGCACAGUUGCCUUUGUUUCCACUUUUGCUACUUUCUUAACACGUGCUUAUGAUCAGAUUCGUAUGGGUGCUAUUUCCCAGACCAAUGUUAAUUUCUGCGGUUCUCAUUGUGGUGUCAGUAUAGGUGAAGAUGGCCCAAGUCAGAUGGGUUUGGAAGAUAUAGCUAUGUUCCGUACUAUCCCUGGAAGUACUGUGUUCUACCCUGCUGAUGCUGUUUCGACUGAACGUGCGGUCGAAUUGGCUGCAAAUACAAAAGGAGUCACUUUCAUCAGAACCAACAGACCGACCACUGCUGUCAUUUAUCCCAACAACCAUGUAUUCCAGGUUGGCAAAGCAAACGUCGUCAAAAAGUCCAACAAUGACCAACUCCUGGUUAUUGGCGGAGGCGUGACUCUCCAGGAGGCCAUUUCGGCCGCUAACGAAUUGGCUAAAGCCGGUGUUGGUGUCCGCGUUUUGGAUCUCUUCACUGUCAAGCCAAUCGACAAAGAAGGUAUAAUUAAAAACGCAAAAGAAUGCGGUGGAAGAAUCCUCGUCGUUGAAGACCACUACUACGAGGGUGGUAUCGGCGAAGCCGUUAUUGCGGCCGUCGCUGAAGAGCGCAACAUCGCUGUGAAACACGUAGCUGUGCCUAAAGUUCCCCGUUCCGGCAGCCCCACCGCCCUUUUGGACUACUACGGCCUUAACAGCAAACACAUCAUUAAAUACGUGCAAGAAGCAAUGAAGUUGUAAUUUUAUCAUGUUUGUAAAUGGACAUGGGUUGUAUACAUUCCAUUGAAAUUUUAAUAAAACUUAUUUCUGAA